AUGCUCAUCACGCUGUGCUACCUCUACCUGUGGGCGCGCUGGGGGCGCCGACCGGCCGCGCUCGUGCGCGCCACGGUGCAGCGGCUGCGCGCCUCGCGCUGCUCCUUCACCUUCUGCGGCGCGGCCGCGCGGCCCCAGGGCGCCCGCGUGUGCUUGAGCCGCGGCGGCCGCGUCUUCUGCGUCGGCGAGAGCCAGUCCAUUGAUGACUUGAACAAAUGGGCCCUGUUUCUUGUCUCUCCUUUUAUACUUGAAGCAGAACACAUAGCAUUUGUGACAGAGAGCAUUUGGGUGCAAGGUGAGAGUUUACGGAGACCGGCUUCCUCUUCAGAAACCAUUGUGAAGUGGUCCGACUGCUGUUUGCCAUUAGCUUGCAGACCUGGGGAUCCUUAUCAAUUAAUCGCUGAAGCAAGCGUGGAUGACUUCAGUAAGCUGGGGGUGGCGUUCAUGGAAGAUAGACUCCAGAUGGCUGAUGGAUUGGUACCUCAAAAGAUUGUUUCAGUGCACUUGCAGGACUGUACUCUGAAGGCACUUGAGGAUCAAGCCUCAAACAAGCAAGCCCAGGCCCUACAACAGCAUCCUGAACCUUCCGCUGAGAGUAAGCCUGAGCCGGACAUUAUGGAGUGCAUUGGUAGAGAUGAUCCCGAGGUUCUUGGUGCACAACCCACACUGGGGACAGGGGAUGCCUCUGGCAGUGAGCCUGCCGGGGAGGGUGACAGAGGAGUAGGCUCUGUCAAGCACUGUCCCCUCCAUCUGUCUAGUUGCCAUGAGUGUCUGGAGCUUGAGAACAGUACCAUUGAAUCUGUCAAGUUUGCAUCUGCAGAGAACAUUCCAGAUCUUCCCUAUGAUCACAGUGGCAGUUUGGAGGAUGUUGCUGAUGCUAUCCGCUUGGAGAGAGAAUGGAGGAGAGUCAACAUCACGGGAAAGGCCCCCAACAUCCUCUUCUACGUGGGCUCUGCCCCCCAGAAAUCCCUGGGCAGGUUCCAGGAGGUCCGGUCCGUUCUGGCGGACUGCGUGGACACCGACAGCUAUACGCUCUACCACCUGUCAAGGGAAAGUGCUCUCAGAGACCCGUGGUCAGACAACUGUCUGUUGUUGGUCAUUGCCACCCAGGAGGCUAUUCCUGAAGACCUUUCCCAGAAGUUCAUGGCCUACCUUUCUCAGGGAGGGAAAGUGUUAGGCCUGUGUUCAUCCUUCACAUUUGCUGGCUUCCGGGUGACGAGCAAGAGCGUGCUCGAGGAAACCGUCCAGAACUUGGUUUUCUCCAAGGCUGACCAGACCCAGGUGAAGCUCAGCGUCCUGAGCAGUGGCUACGUUUAUGAGGAAAGCCCUGGGGAGCGCCACAGCCUGGGCAAGCUGCAGGGUCACCUGGAGAAUGGGAACAAGGACAGGCUGAUAGUGCAGGUGCCUUUUGGAACUCGCGGAGGAGAAGCUGUUCUUUGCCAGGUGCACUUAGAACUACCUCCCAGUUCUUCAGUGGUGCAAGCCCAAGAAGAUUUUGAUCUGCUCAAAUCAAGCAAUAUUAGAAGAUAUGAAGUCCUUAGGGAGAUCCUGACAACGCUCGGCCUAAACUGUGACAUCAAACACGUUCCUGCCUUAACCCCUCUUUAUUUACUGCCUGCGGCUGAGGAAAUCUGGGAUCCUCUUAUGCGGUGGCUGGGGAAGCAUGUGGAUCCUGAAGGAGUCAUAAAAUCCAGCAAGCUCUCCCUUAAGUUUCUUUCAUCCUACACGUCUGAAAUAGAAAUCAAUCCAUCUGCCCUACCUGUGGUGACUGACGUGGAGGCCUUCUCUUCAGAAAAUUUUAACUUGGACAUCUACCGACAGAAUCUGCAGACAAAGCGACUUGGAAAAGUAAUUCUGUUUGCCGAAGUGACGCCUACCACGAUGAACCUUCUGGAUGGAUUGAUGUUUGAGAUCCCGCAGGAAAUGGGGUUAAUAGCCAUCGCAGUCCGCCAAACGCAGGGCAAAGGGCGGGGAGCAAACGCUUGGCUGAGCCCCAUGGGAUGCGCUCUGUCCACCCUGCUCAUCUCCAUCCCACUGAGAUCCCAGCUGGGACAGAGAAUCCCAUUCGUCCAGCAUUUGAUGUCCCUGGCCGUGGUGGAGGCGGUGAGGUCCAUCGCUGAGUACCAGGAUAUCAACCUACGAGUGAAGUGGCCCAACGAUAUUUAUUACAGUGACCUCAUGAAGCUUGGUGGAGUUCUGGUUAACUCAACACUUUUGGGAGAAACAUUUUAUAUACUCAUCGGCUGCGGAUUUAACGUGAGUAACAGUAACCCUACCAUCUGCAUCAAUGAUCUCAUCACAGAAUACAAUAAACAGCACAGGGCAGAGCUGAAGCCCUUAAGAACCGACAGUCUCAUUGCCAGAACUGUGACCGUGCUGGAGAAACUGAUCGACACAUUUCAGGACAAAGGGCCCAAUGGCGUUCUUCCCCUUUAUUAUAAGUACUGGGUACACAGUGGCCAACGGGUCCGCCUGGGAGGCCUCGAGGGGCCAGAGGUGUGGAUAGUCGGCCUGGAUGACUCCGGGUUCCUUCAGGUCCAAGAGGAGGACGGCGAGGUGGUGACCGUGCAUCCCGACGGCAACUCCUUUGACAUGCUGAGAAACCUGAUCAUCCCCAAACAGCAGUAGCCAGGCCUGGGGCCUGCCUGGGGCCACCGGGUAGUGAGAGGGCCGGCAGAGCCCACCCCAGUGAGCAUUCCAGUUAAUUCCUGCUGCCUUUCCUGGCCCGAGGAUCUGGAAAACGGAUUUAGAGUUGUAGGCAAACGUGGCCUCCCUCCAGUUAACCUGCUUAAUUCCUUAAUGUUGUUCUGUCUGUUGCCAUUUUACUUGGCGUUCGCGAAUGUUCUGGGGCGGAGGGAUGCCAAGCGGAAGAUUUAGCUCAGGUGAAGCACCACCACACGUGUGAAAUCCUUCUCCCCUCUUGGGCUUGGAUGUGUGUUUAUUGCCCCCCCCCAAAAUUUUUUUUUAUUUCGAAAACAGCAACGGAAUAAUUCAGAUGUUUCCCUGGUAGUGGAGACCUUCACUCCCAGACUAUUAAAAAACAAAUCAAAAAUAGCUUCCAGGUCCAGGCCAGCGAUGAGGUAGAGGUUUGGUAGCACUGUUUAUACGCAUCCAGGGAGGCGUUUUCCUCUAGGAACAUACGUUGGCACUUGGUCGUUUUAUUUUUUUUGUUAAUAAGAGAAAAGAUGGUAGGCUUCUGAGCGUUACCUCUGGGCCCGGUGGUUUGUGGUCCCGCAACAGGGCCUGAGUAGCUGCUAAGAUGGGUGUCACUGGUGUGCUUGCAGUGACCUGGUAGAGGAAAUUGAUUACCUACUUCGACAGUAAUUUUAUGAGCUCUCUUUUUCAUAAGUUUGAAUGUACUGCAGACUCUGAAGGGAUGGGCUCAAGUUCAAGAUCCUUAAUGCGUUGAUGAGGCCUUGUGUGCGUGCGGGGGUUGAUGAUUGGGCCCUAACAGCUGGAGACAAGGACUCACUCAUACCACACACCAGGGAGGAUUUGGAACUUUUAAGCCCGUUGUAGGCUCACUUUGAAAUCUGGAGCAUUCCUGAAAGACCGUUUGGUGCACAGAAUGUAGAAGUACGUGGCAUUUUGUCUGUAAGUCAUAAUUUUUGCCCCCCUUUCCCUAAAUUGCCAAGAAACAAAAUGCAACUGAUACCGAACACCAUCAUUUAAGAGGGAGGAGUGUGUGUGUGUGUGUGUGUGUGUGUGAGAGAGAGAGAGAGAGAGAGAGAGAGAAGCUUUUAAAAGAAGAUAUUCAAGAUCUGAUGCCCUAAAAGUCUCCGUGGAAGAACAAAAGAAAGGAAACCUUUUGAUAUGCAUUUGCGAUUUCCAGAUGCACUCCAUGCUUUUUCCAUGUCACUCCUAUCUCUGCUGAACUUGUGAAUCACACACAUUAUUUUUCUGCCUUAAAAGGCCAAUUUUUUGCCCACUUUUCUCUCUUCCUGCCAGUCCCAACUGAAAUUAGUAGAAGGAAAACUUGAUGGAGCCCUCAGCUUUGAACAGAAUCCCCUUAUUGUGCACGAGCACCAGCUCUACCCAGCUUUACCCAGUCAAGCUAAUUCCAGAAACUUGUGGUUUUCAGUAUAAAAUCUGCCUACCUUUAGCCAGGCGCAGGCAGCGCCAUAGGAAGGGGAAAAAAAAAAAAAUAGCAUGUUUAGUUAAGUACACCAACCCAAUAUGUGUUUUUUGGAAAUGUAACUUUAAAAAAAUUUCAGAAGUAAUUUUUGCAAAUAAGGCUUCCAUUAGAAUUAUUUUUCUCAAAAAAAAAAUUGUUCCCUCCUAAGUGUCCAAGUCUUCUUUUGGAACGAGUAACACGUUUCAAUAAAAGCCCACAGCACCCCAAAAUCAAAUGGACUCACCCCUUGAGAGGGCAUCUGCAAAAUAUCAUCAAGAGGAAAGAUGUCCAGGCUAAUGUUGCAAGUUUCAUUUCUCAAACUUUGUAAUAUAAGGCAAGUCAUCUCUCAGAGCUGCCAUUGUUACUGUUUGAAUUUCUUUGGGGGGUUCUUUAAUGAAAAACAUGCUAUGUUUUGUUUUCGGCUGAAGUCCCAUUCUAGACAGUUCUGCUUUGGGGGAAAAAUGUUAUCAUUUAAUUUCCUUUCUGUAAAUUAAAACUAAUGAUGUGUGGCCGUGUCAGGGCAGAUGGAGAUGUUCCGGGCAUACCGCUUGUUCUCUGUGCUUUCAAGACUGUUUCUUACUUGUGCCGCCCGCAGUUGUCUUGAGGGGGACAAAAUAGACUUGAAGCAGAUGCUACGUUUUCUGUAAACACGAUCUUGCCUCAUAUGAACCAAAGACUUUUGAAAUUCUGCUUCAUAUAGAACAGCUGAAUAAAGCAUCUUCCUUAGAGCUAUUCGUGUUAGGGAAAUUAUCUACUCGCUACACCACCCUCACGGAUUGGGGGUCUUUGUGCACCUGGCCAUCUCUGAUCUCAAGGAGUUUUAAAGUCUUAACAGAAAUGUUGCAUUUUCUUCAUAAUCUUUAAAACAUGGCAACUGAACUCAGGAUUGGCAUGUGCUUCCAGGGCACUGGAUUUGCUCUCGAGUUUAGAGGUUGCGCCUUGAGCAUCUAUCUGGUUAUGUUAAAAAAAAGAAAAAAAGGCAAGACGUCCUUCCUUCCUGGCUGGCCGCGGGUUUCAGGGGAAGCCAUGGGAAAGCGCCCCCUGAAUGUGCACAAGUUUUCCCUCAAACACAUUUUCCAGAAGGCCUUCCCGUGGCCCCUGCCAAAGCAGUGCCCCUUGACCCUGGGCGAAGUCGAAGGAUUUCGUGUCUGGUCCAAAAUAGUAGGUGGGGUUCACUCUUGCAGACUUUGCCCGAUGUGGGAGCAAGUGGGCCUUUGGGGGGGUGCAGGCCAAGGUGGGGGGAGCAUGCGGCCUCCAGUCCCCGGGCCCCGCACAUACACCCUUGGGGGUGGCCUAUGUAGUUGCCCCUGCCCUCGAGCCUGGGAACCAGGAGAGAAGCCAGCCUCAUCCAGGAGCUUCAGAAUGCAGCAGGGAGACAUUUUUGGCUUGCAUUCUGGAAGAUUUGCUUGCUCUUUACAGUCAGAACACGGAGAAUCCUCACUCCUGGGUUACGACUAUGCACAUCUGAAAUUUUAAAAAGUGUAAGCCUCCGCAUUUGUACCUUUUCGAAAAAUCGCCUCAGAAAAGUAAUUACUUUAAACCAAUGCCUAUAAGAAGCAAGUCUACCAAAAUAAACUUAAGAUUUUCUGUA